AUGGCAACAUCUACACGGCAAGCUUCAACUACCGUUUCCGACGGCUCAGACUCAGCCGUCGAGAUUACUCCAGCUUUUUUCUGUGCUUACUACUUCCUUUGGACUACUAUUUGCCUCGUUUUCCUUAUGACCCUUGAUGGUUUAAUAACCCUUCUCGCUAGGAAAGAUGGUUGUUACUUGGAGUUCUUUGCUCACUCAGUCUCUGUCUCAAACGCAAACGUUUCAACCGCUGAUUGGAGAAUCGGUUUAGUUGCCAAGAGUCCAGUCUCCGGAUGUAAAAUCUCUCUCCAUACAAUCCAGUCGCGUCUCCUUCGUGGCGACCAAGUUCUCUCCGAGUUAUAUCCGUCGUUGUAUGGUUUUGGACCGGUUACCUCCGCGAAAACAGACAGGCCGGCUAUAACUCUCGAUUUCAAAACGGUGGUAACGCCGGGAGUUAUCGGCGGCGUGGUUUGGGAUUAUCGGGUGGAGAUUGUCGUCAGAUCGAAGGUAGAAUUUAGACGUGGUUUCUUGACGGUGGUUUGCCGCGGUAUUCCUGUGAUAUUCACGGCGGAUCCGGCGGGAAAUAUGAUUGGAUCAUUGCUCGGAAGUAUGCGACGAUGUGACUAUAUACUCCGGGAGAGGUUGAAUCUUCCCGUAUAG